AUGAAUCAACGAACAACUGCUGCAGUUCGAACACCAGCCGGAUGUACAUCACCAUUUGAGGUGGUAACUGGAGUAAGACAAGGGGCUGGGGCAGGACCUUUUCUGUUCAAUUUCGCCAUCGACGACAUUAUGCGAAGAACAGUUGAUCAGCGCCCUGUCGAUAUCAUCCUGGCAGGAUGCCCCUUGACCGAUCUCGAGUACACAGACGAUGUUGUUAUAUUCGCGGGAAGCAGUAUGAAACUUCAACAUGUUAUCAACCUUUUAUCGACACUGGCUGCAGCCUAUCGGUUACGUCUACGCCUGAUAAAUGCAAGCAGAUGUGGAUCUUUUCGAGACCUCGAACGGGAAUCAGCGUGGACGGACAACCGGUAG